GCGUCAGGUGGCUAGUCCGUAUGAAGGCUGCCGGCCGCUGACGCCCCCUUGCGGCUGUAAGGAGACCCCAGGGGUCCCUCCCACGCCCGGGGAGAGGGGGGCGUGUGCCGCAUCGGAGCACCGAGAUCCGCCCCAAAGCGUCGCUGCGGCGACGGCAGCGGCAGCACCUCCUCUUCCCUCCUCUCGUCCGGGUCUUGCUGGAGUCGCGGGCGAGAGCGAAGAUGGCGACGUGGGCGUGCGGGAUGCCGGCGCGGCGCUUGCUGCUGCUGGCGGCGCUGCGGGGCGGAGACCCUUGCCUGGCCCGCGGCAGCGGCGGGGGCCGGGACUACUCCAAAGACCACGAAAGCAGCUGGUUCCGUUCCCUCUUCGUCCACAAAGUGGACCCCCGAAAGGAUGCCCAUUCCAACCUCCUGUCAAAGAAAGAGACCAACCACCUGUACAAGAUCCAGUUCCACAAUGUGAAACCUGAGUGCCUGGAUGCCUAUAACAGCCUGACGGAGCAGGUACUUCCAAAGCUGCACUCGGACUCGGACUACCCCUGCGACCUGGUUGGCAACUGGAAUACUUGGUAUGGUGAACAGGACCAGGCAGUGCACCUCUGGCGAUUCACCGGUGGCUACCCGGCCCUCGUGGACUGCAUGAACAAGCUGAAACAGAACCAGGAGUACCUGGAAUUCCGGAAGGAGAGGAGCAAAAUGCUGUUGUCCCGAAGAAACCAGCUGCUCUUGGAGUUCAGCUUUUGGAAUGAGCCUUUGCCGCGACCUGGGCCCAAUAUCUAUGAACUGAGGACGUACAAGCUGAAACCUGGGACCAUGAUUGAGUGGGGAAAUAACUGGGCACGGGCCAUUAAAUAUCGGCAAGAGAACCAGGAAGCUGUGGGCGGCUUCUUCUCACAGAUCGGGGAGCUGUACAUCGUGCACCACUUGUGGGCCUACAGGGACCUGCAGUCUCGAGAGGAGACGAGGAACGCUGCCUGGAGAAAGCGAGGGUGGGAUGAGAACGUUUACUAUACAGUGCCUCUGGUCCGGAGCAUGGAAUCGCGAAUCAUGAUCCCUUUGAAGAUCUCCCCCUUGCAGUGAUGCUGUCGCCAGGCUGUCGUCUUUCUGCACCAAACACGCAGAAAGAAAUUGAGCUGGCCGCGUUUUCCUCCGUCCGGAUCCUCUCUGAACUCUUUUCUGACCUUCUCUCCUGUCCCCCAUCUUCUCUUGCCGCUUUGUCUGGAGAUACCCAUCUCCUUGCCUUCCUCCCCCCCUUUUCCUUCCAGCAUUUUGGUUUCCAGAAAGUUUGUCAGAAUCCUGCUGAGCUCAUCUUAUUGACUCUGAAUGAGAAGCUUGGAGGCUUGAUGUGUUGCCAUCAAUGGACUACCAAGUCUGGCUUGUUCCGGAGGCUGAUGAAGCUGCUUAGGGGGUGCUGGCUGUUGCUUGCUGUGGCAAACACAAUUACAUUAAGAGUUGUUAAGAGGCCCCUGCUCCCCUCCUAGAACUACAGUUCCCAGAGUUCCCUGGGGAAAGGGAUUGAUUAUUAAACUGAUCUGGGAAUUGUAGUGCUGGGAGGAGAUUAGGGGGUCUUCCUAAGGGGCUGAGACUUCUCAACAAACCACAGCUCCCAGAAAUCAUUGUGGGGGGAGGCAUGAAGCUUUAAAGUAAUAGCAUAGCCCUUUAAGGUGUGAAUGCCACCUAAGCAGGUAUUGUUGGAUUACAAAGGAAAUGACUCUUUUCUCCCCACCUCCCACCCCGCAGCCGUUCUUAUCCUUGAAAUAGCCUUUUUAAUUGCUGGAAAGGCAGCCUCCAAACUUUUCUAAAAGGAAAUAGUCGUACCUUGGAAGUUGGAACGGAAUCCGUUCCGGAAGUCCGUUCGACUUCCAAAGCGUUCGACUUCCGAAUCACGGCUUCCGAUU